GCGCCCCCCGAGGACUGCCGCGCGCGCUCGGCGCUGGGCGACACGGUGCAGAUUCACUACACGGGCAGGUUGGAGGAUGGGCGGAUCAUCGGACACCCUCGCUCUCGCGGGGACCCCUGCAGGUGGAGCUGGGUAAAAGACAGGUGAUCCCUGGCUUGGAGCAAAGCUUGCUAGACAUGUGCGUUGGGGAGAAGCGGAGGGUGAUCAUCCCGCCUCAUCUGGCUUACGGCAAGCGAGGAUCCCCGCCUGCUGUCCCAGCUGAUGCCAUGCUGCAGUUCGAUGUGGAGCUGGUUGGCCUCUCCCGGGCCAGCCACUGGCAGAAGCUGACGAAUGACGUGCUGCCCCUGCUCUGCAUCGGGCUGAUCCCGGCUCUGCUGGGCCUGAUUGGCUACCACCUCUACCACAAGGCCAGCAGCUCCCAGGGGGCCAAGAAGAGGCUCAAGGAGGAGAAGAGAAACAAGGCCAAAAAGAAAUAAACCUCCUCCCCUCCCACAGAGUCAGCACCUGCUCUGUGGCUGCUUCUGUCAGGGUCCCUGGGGAAGAGGGAGUGGGGGAAGCCCUUUGCUCCCCUCUGAAGGGAGGCCAGAGCAGCAGGACCAGCUUGAACCUGACCAAGCCAGCUCCCAGGGCUUGGACAGGCAGGAGAGUGAAGGCAUCUCGCUCACAGUGGCCACCUGCCUCCCCUUUCCCAGGAUCAGGCAAUCCCAGGGCCGUGCUUCCCUGGGGCAGGGCCUGGGCUGGAGGCUGCAGAGCUGCACCAGGGUUACCAGCC